CGUGAGGGCGGCGGGUCCGCGGCCCGCCCGUGUCCCGCCCGUGUCCCGCCCCGCGGCCGCCUCCGCCGCAGCCCUCUGUCGGCACGGCCCCUCUGUCAGCGCGGCCCCUCUGCCCCCGAGGACCCGCCGGGCUCGGCCGUGCUCUGGCGGGAGCCCUGUGGAAGCCGACCCGGGGCACCGCUGGUGCGGCGUGUGCUCUUCAGCCCGGGGCGCCCGGCUCUGCCCCUGAGCCCCCAGAAACGUGUAGCAGACUCACAGGUUUUUUUGACUGGCGACGUAAUGCUGCUGCCUGCGAGGCGUGCAUCUCUGCAAAAGAUGAAUUUCUGUACAAAAUCAGACACAGAUAAUACAGUUUGGGCAUGUUUGAGACAUACAGUUGAAACCCCAUAUUUUCAGUUCCUGCAAAUGGAAGAGCAAUCUUCAUAUAGAACGUUUAAGAUUUUUAAAACCUUCACUGAGUACUCCUUGUAAGUUUUGCACUGCCUCAUGCUAAAAAUAUGAACAAUAGUUUAGUGUUGAAGAUGUUUAUUAUUAUUCCUUUCAGUAUUCAUGAAAAUCUUGUGACAAAACAACAUUUUAUCACAUAGAAGGGUCAUUCCUAGAAGGGAGGGAGAGAAUUUGAAUAAAAGCGGUGCUGUAGAAAUAGAACAGCAAAAGCAUUCCAAGAGAGCUUAGGAGGCAGGAUAUCAACAUGUACUGGUAACCUUCAUCUGAGAUCCUUUUGAAUCUAAACCAAACCUGUGGAUUAAAUGCUCAAAGAUUUGGAAAUGAGAUGAUUCAAGUCAAAGUGCAUGUUCAGAGUUGAUUUUUGUGGGUUUCCCUUAGCUUUUGACUUGCAAGAACUCUGCCAACAGACAUUGGAAAAACUUUGGCUUUCAGUUUGACUUUGGCAUGUUGUAUUUUGGCUCUUGCACACUAGUUAUCUGUUCACAUUUACCAUAAAUAAUGACUAGAAACCUAACUUGCAGCUAGACUGUUGGAAGUAACUUCUGGAAGGGUUUGCUUCCUUCUCUUUCCCCCACCCCUUUAAGACUUUUUGUCUUAUGGGAUUUGUUUGCAAUCUGCUAGCUGAAGCUCUGAGGCAAGUUUGCCAGAUCUGGGGCUGCAUCAUCGUUCUGCACAUCUGGAAGUGGUUUAUGGGCUCUCAUUCCUCCAGUGCAGCGUCUGGACUCCGUGCUAUUCCUCAGCAGCAGAGAAAGAAAAGAAAACCAGCACAACUCCAAAGUAAACUUUGAAGAGUCUGAAAAAGGAAUUGAAUCAUAAAACUGUUACUGUGCCCUGUAAGGCCCUUGUGCGGGUGACUUCAAAGGAGGAUGGUGGUCAAGGAGGCUUUGGCAAGAGUGCUCACAGCUGUGGGUUAUCUAGGAUCCAAGUAAAUAGCUCCUCAGCGCUUCAGAAGAGAGGAGUCCCGAAUACUGUGCUGCUUUGAAGAGAUCACAGUUCUCAUCCAACACUACAAUGGCUCUUUUAAAGAAAAUUAACCAGAUCUUACUGUUACUUCUUGUCUUAACUGUGUGUGCCAUUCUGUAUAACAAAGUUCACCAAGUGCCAUCGGCGUUAAAAAAUGAAACAGUUGAUUUGGAGAGUCCUGAGGAAAUGGAAGAAGAAAUCCCCGUGGUGAUCUGCGCUGCUGCGGGCAGGAUGGGUGCAGCUGUAGCAGCCAUCAGUAGCAUCCACAGCAACACAGAGGCCAGUGUUUUGUUCUACAUAGUUGGGCUGAAGACAACCAUCCCACACAUUCGAAAAUGGAUUGAAAAUUCUAAACUGAAAGAAAUAAAAUUUAAGGUUGUAGAAUUCAACCCUAUGGUACUAAAAGGAAAAAUCAGACAAGAUGCAUCACGUCCUGAGCUACUGCAGCCUCUGAACUUUGUUCGAUUUUAUCUUCCUUUGCUUAUCCAGAAACAUGAGAAAGUAAUAUAUUUGGAUGAUGAUGUUAUUGUUCAAGGUGACAUCCAGGAACUCUAUGAUACUAAGUUGGCUCCUGGACAUGCUGCAGCUUUUUCAGAUGAUUGUGAUCUGCCUUCUACACAUGAAAUGAUUAGAAGUGUAGGGAUGCAGAACACAUACAUGGGAUUCCUGGACUACAGAAAGCAAGCCAUCAGAGAUCUUGGCAUCAGCCCCAGCACCUGUUCCUUUAAUCCUGGAGUAAUUGUUGCUAACAUGACUGAAUGGAAACAUCAGCGGGUUACGAAGCAGUUGGAAAAGUGGAUGCAAAGAAAUGUAGAGGAAAACCUCUACAGCAGCACCCUUGGGGGAGGCGUGGCAACCUCUCCAAUGCUGAUUGUAUUUCAUGGAAAGUAUUCCUCUAUUAAUCCUAUGUGGCACAUAAGGCAUCUUGGUUGGAGUCCUGAUGCCCGUUACUCAGAGCAAUUUCUUCAAGAAGCUAAAUUACUUCACUGGAAUGGGAGAUACAAACCUUGGGACUAUCCCAGUGUCCACACUGAUCUGUGGGAAAACUGGUUUAUUCCUGACCCUUCAGGGAAGUUCAAAUUAACUCGUCCUGAUAGCUGAUACUGAAACAACUUAAAUACUGCCAAACAUAGUGUAUUGGAUGCAUGUAAUAGUUUGAGACGCAGCAUAUGAGGAAUAUGAUUAACUGAUUCUAGAAAACGACGUAUUUGUUAAAUAUAUGAAUAACUGACCAUCACUUUUGUGUGCUUAGGGCUUGAGAGGGAGGCUGGAGUGACCAUUACAUGGUUCAGAUUAUCCUGACUUUGAUGUGAGGUGAGGAACUAGGUUUACUUGACAGUGAAGUAUUUUCAUUAUACAUUUACAGAGGUAAAACUCGGUGCCAGACAGUGUACUUUAAUUUAAGGUCUUUAUAAAUAAGACUCCAAUGUCUUCUGGUAGAAAGACCUACCCAGCAGAUACCUGCAGUAUUACACACAAGGUGUCUUUAGUUGUCUGGCCCACGUUGAAGAGCAUGAAAUGAGAUCUUAGGCAUAUGUUACUGAGUAGAGUUGUGUUGAGUGGUGACUGUUUUGAGGCAUUUCUGUAUAUGACACAUCCUGUAGUGCACUUAGACCUUCGCUAGCAACAUGUGAAAGCACAUUCCAAGACACUGCAGUACAAUUCCUGAUUUUAUUGUGAAACAUGGAUAGAUUUAAGACAGAUUAAGAACUUCUGUAUUACUGUAACAAAAAGAGCACCAGUUCUGAGGGAGGACACAUAGAAUUGCAGUAUUUAGUGAAACGGUCAUUGUAGACUUAACUGUAUUUUGCAUCCAGUGACUCCUUUAAAGAAGACACCUUUCCCUUCCACUCAAAGAGGAUAGCCUUUCAGGAGUUAAAUCCUACUGUGCUACAUACUCAGCAGUGCUAAUUCCAUGCUUCCAAUUUUGUUGAAAAUAAAAUAAUUGAAUUGUAACAAAUCCCUGAUGCAAGAUACUUUGAGCACCUGCAGGAAAACACCCAUGUAAACAGCAAUACAUGAUACAGUACACUUUAAAUAACAGACAAGUCCUAUACCUUUCUGACAAUAUACAGAAUAGCUUUAUGCUGAAGCUAAUAAACACAAUCAGAAUCAUAAUGCACACUUUCUUGAUUUAAGACGCUCAGAAUUAAGCCACAUAAUUUGGGAAAAAACUGUAAACAUCAUGCCUGCCUCAUAACAGGUUGACAGUGUGCGAUCUCAGUGAGAGCUGUUACAGCAAGAUUAGAACCUACACUAACUAGUUACACACAACUGACAACUGUUGCUGGCUGUGAAGAAAGGAUAAAUCACACCCUACAGGACUCUCUGGCCCGCACGGAGUGUGGAGAUACUGUUUGUAUCUGUUUUUCAAGUAUGUGAAGCACCAACUAUUAUAAGAUCAUCAAAACUGUAGUGUUUUGAUCAGCUUAUUGCUUUUACUUCAUUUCUUCCUCACAUGAUAAAGGAGGGAAAGAAGAUGAUGGUUAAGCACCAGGAUGGAAUCUCGUUUCUUUCUCAGUAACUAAUAUUGGUCAAAAAUGUAUAUCAUUUAGGCAAGUUCCUCAGAAGAGAGCUGUAGCUUCUACAGCCAACUUCUUAUUCAUGGAACAGCUGCUCCUAUAUUUAACUCAGUAUUUUUUGCUUGUAAGAGGAAUAAGAAGACCACCCUCUACAGAUUGAAGAGAACGGAAUGUUAAAACCUGCUAAAUUGCAAACUCUUUUCACCCUGUGCUAAUUGUACAUGAUGUAAACAAUGUAGCUGUACGUGAUUUUUACAGAGGAUGCAGCCUUUCAAUUCCCUGACAUGUAAUCUGUUCAAAGGGGUUGUCUACUGCUGAAGGUCAUGUGAAGAGACUAAUCACACAGUAACGACAGUGUUUGAAUGCUACACAAUUGAAGAACCACCACUGUUGUUUGUUUUGGGGCUUUUUUCAAGGAAUUCCAGUUCCUUACAUUGUAAUUUCAGAGGGAAAGAGAUAGAGUGGUAGGGAUAUCUUACCGUAAGCCAGCUCAGCUAGAAUAUUUAGGCCCUGUCCUGUGUGACACAAAUUUUCCUCCCCAGUGUUGUGACUUGAGAGAUGUCUUCACUCCCUUAAUCCUGAAUAUGGUCCACUCACCAAGCAGACAGAGCUCUCUCUUCCCACCCAGAAGAUACUCAGUACUCACAGCUGCAGAGUGCAACUUUCUGCACUUUUUAAGAAGGUAAGAGGCAGACUUAAAAAGCACAAUUUCCUUAACUGUGCCUGAUUAAAAAUAUCGCUUCACAUAAGUUAAGGGUACACUUCCCAUUUUCCCCUCCGGAUAUAAAAAGAUUGUGAGAUAUCCAAAUAUUGAGGCAUCAGUAAGAAGUAUACUGCUGCUGUUACUACUACAUUACAAUUCAUGAAAUAAAAUUAACGCCCAAAAGAAAUCUUCACAAAUGAGAAAGCAAUUUGUCAAAAACUGCAAGAAAUGGCAUACAUUAAAUAUAAAACUCAUAUACAAAAAAGGGCUAACUUUUUUAAAAAAAGUUUGAACAGUUUCUUAAAAUCAUCUAGUUCAUCGAUUUCAGCCUACCACACACUUACUUUGGACUAUAAUAAAAUAACUAGGGGAGAUAAAAUACUAUUAAAAUGCUUCAGUUGGAGAACCGAGGUACCAAUCUUGGUCACUGCAUUAAAACUGCAGCAUGGAUGCAUAGCUGAGAAGGAACAGCCCCUACACGCUGCUUCCCUCCUCUUCCUGUGUCACACCGGCACUGAACUCUGGAAUCUGGUCUGCAAAGGACUGUGUCAUCCAUUGUCCAUUAGGAACUACACCGAAGGACGACCCCUCGCAGUGCUGUGGAUUGCUUCCCGCUGAAACAAAACAAAAAUCCCACUGUUUACAAAAUGCAGCUGACAGCCCUGAGUCCUCGUUCCCAAGCAGUGGUUCACAGCCCGAAUGCCCAGAGCGCUGCACUUUACCCGUUCCAUUGGAAGGGAAGCUGCACUGCUCACUGUCAUACGGUGCACGAUCACAGUAAGCUCCUCCAUACGCUGCUUCAUAGCCUGGGUCAUACUUUUCUUCUUUGACAGCCAUCUUUUUAGCAUCCUCUGCAGAAACAGAACACCUCAAGUAUUAAUAUUUAGAACAAACAUUAUCAAAGAACACUUUUAUCAGAAAACACUUGAAAACCAGCCACAAAUUCUACAAGAUAAUCCCCUGCUCUCCUUAUAGAAUUUAGGCUGUACUAUAAAGAGAGUUGGAAUCUGUAAUUCUACACAACACAGUUUAGAAAAGAUGGCACAUCUGCCUCCCUCCCCCCCAUCCCCCAUUAAAUUCUUUAUUUCUUUCUUGCUUGGGAAACUUCUAGUUGUCUUGUACACUACACUGCAUUUUAAUAAAGGGUUAACAAAAUAAGCA